CGGUUAUCGUUUCUUAAAAUAUUAAUUUUACAUGUCAGAAUACAGAAUCAUAUGAUUAAUUUCGAAAGAUUUUAAACGGAAAAGUAAAAGUAGCCUAAAAAUUCUAGUAAAAAUAAAUAAAUUCUGCACACUGCGAACUCGAUUUGUCCACCUAUCCGAUUGUUUAAUUGAUGAUAUUUAAAAGUCACAGUCAUCUACUCGACACUUCGAUAAACAAACGAUGUUGCCAAAAGGAUAAGGGUAGACAUUAGAAGCGACUGUAUCUUUGCGGCUGGUGUUGGAAUAGGUCAAUUCUUUGUUUGUUCCUCAUAGUUAUAGAGUGCGAUACGUGUAGAUAGAACCUUCUCGAAAAGAACCAGUAACAUGAGAUUUUUCAUUUUAUGUACUAUGAAAAAAACUGUAUAAAACUAAAUUGUGAGUUCUUCAAAAGUUCUUUUCUUCAAGUCAAGGUGUGUGUGAGAUAAUUAUUUUAACUACUUCCUCAUAGUUGUUAUCAUACGACCGAGGGUCGAGAACGCUGAAAACUGUGUCCAAUAUUUCAUAUCAGCUAGUUUAGACGAAAAAGAUCCAUUAUUGAAAGGUGGAAAGGUGAAAAUUUGAAAUGCCUUCGAAUUCAUUCGAAGAUCCGUACUCCUUUGCGAGACCAGAAUUGGCACGUGUAACUAAAAUCGAUUUAGAAUUGAAUGUGGAUUUUAAUAAAAGAGUUCUUAAAGGGAAAGCUAUUUUGACAAUAGAGAAAUCCCUUGAUUCCGUUAAAGAAGUAAUUUUAGAUAAAUAUAACCUUCUCAUAGAACGUGUCACAAAUCCUGUUACUGGAAAAUUCUUACCAUAUAAUACUAUAGAAUCUCAACAUUCUAUUGGAAGUCAAUUUACCAUAAUAUUACCGCCAACUAGAGAUAAUUUUGGAACUGGAAAGCAAACAUGUGUAGUUCAAAUUGAAUAUGAAACAAGUCCAAACUGCCCUGCAUUAUAUUGGCUAACACCUGAGCAAACUGCAGAUUCUACACAUCCCUUCCUAAUGUCUAACAACAAGCUAACAUAUGCAAGAGCGGUGUUCCCAUGUCAGGAUACGCCAUCUGUUAAAUUUUCAUACACUGCUAAGAUUUCUGUGCCAAAAGAUUUUACUGUUAUAAUGUCCGCACUUUUGCCAAAAGUAUCUGAGAAACAGCAGCUGUGGGUAUAUGAAUUCUUUCAAACGACAAGGGUACCGUCUUACGCAGUGAUUAUUGUUGCGGGUUAUCUGCAGAAAGCAGAACUUACUUCAAGGAGCAAAGUGUUUGUCGAAAAUAAAUAUUUUAUCGAUAGUAUCAAGACGUUUAAAACAGGUACGAUUGAACGCAUGCUGGAAAUUGCUGAAAGUUUGUGUGGACCUUAUUGUUGGGACAGAUUCGACAUAUGCGUGCUUCCACCAAGUAUCGGCUAUUUUUACGAAGAAAUAGAAUGUCCAUGCGUAACAUUUGUUUCGCCGAUUCUACUUCGCACGGAUCAUACUAUUAUCAGUAUGCUCGCUCGGAGUAUCGCACAGAGCUGGGCGGGGCAUUUAGUUACGUGUUCAAAUUAUAAUGAUUUGUGGUUAAAUCAAAGUAUCAGCAUGUUCAUUAGCAGGAAAAUUAUUUGCCAAAUAUUGAAGUAUGAGCAAGCGAAGUUACUUCUCGAAAGGAGAGCAUUAAUUGAUUUGAAUAUUAAGGUGAGCAAAUUCGGUGGUAAUAACGGUUUGCUAAACAGCUUAAUACCUGAUCUGAAGAAUGUGUUGCCUAUUAAAGCCAUUAAUUAUGUGCCCUACGAAGUGGGAUGUGUACUCUUGGGUGAACUGGAGAAUAUGGUAGGAGGACCCUCGGCGUUCGAAUCAUUUCUCAAAUCUUAUUUUUACACGUUUGCAAACAAAAGUAUACAGACGGAUGAUUGGUUCAAGUGCUUGUACAAUUACUUUCCUGAGAAAAAAGAAAUGUUAAACUCCAUUAAAUGGCAUGAUUGGUUCUAUACUGUAAUUUCUCCACCUGUCGACCUACCGAUGAAAACCACGUGGGAAACAGAGUGCUUCCAGUUAGCGCAGGCAUGGGCCAAUUGGAACGACAACGUCGACGCUAUGCCCAGUAUUUUACUUCAACGAAGAAACUUUUGUGACUUUCAGAAAAUAAUAUUCCUACACAAUCUAUAUCUUUUUCAUGCGCAACUGAACAAACAUAAAAUUCAAUUAAUUUUAAGCAUUUAUCCUUUCGACCAGCAAAGUCAUAAAAUACGAUUUGUUUGGCUGCUGCUGUGCAUUAAAGUUCGUUGGGAACUCAGGAUUUUACCAGCUUUAAAUUUCGCCAUCCAGUUUUGCUCGCCAAGGUAUGCGUGCCCUAUAUUUGAACAUUUGUUUGAAUGGCCAGAAUAUCGUGCACUGGCGACCCGAAGAUUUCUCGAUAAUAAAGAAAAGAUGUUACAUGACACUCAGAAGAAAUUAAUAUCAAUUCUGGGCCAGCAAUGAGAGAUUUAUCUAGUUAACGAUUAGACUUGAAGUUUCCUUUUUAUGAAGGUAAGUUUAGUAGCUGCAAUAUAAAAUCUCUUAUUCGCAUUCUUUAUCAAACUCGGAAUACAAGUUGUUUGUUCCCUCUGAAUUGCAGAGCCAACAAUUAAAGGCAAUUCGGUUCGUAUACGAUGCAAGACGACUGUAAUUCCCGUUGGACCGUCAAAAGGACGUCUAAAUUUGUGAAAAUUAAAAAUAUUUAUUUUAUAAACGGAAUUCUAUGUAAUUUAUCACGUAACAUAAAGAUAUAUAUCUGCA